GGAAAGUGAAGUAAAUUAUAAUUCAGUGUAGGAGUAGAGGGGGUAUUGGAGUAACUGAUUCCUUGCUUUCACCAAUAUUGGAGAUUUUGCUUCUCCAAUUUGAUUUACUUAUUAUUAUAAACGUGCUAUUUUAUUAAUUAAGCAUAUUCUAAUAAAUUAUUUGAAUGAGAAAAUAACAUACAUCAAGUGUAGAUAGCGCCUUGAAGCUGCUAAAGAAUGUGUUAGCAGAGAAACCUAAAGUUCUGUUAACCUACAAGUUCUUUGUGUAUAUUGACUUUCGUGUUUCUUUAGAAUGGCAGAUUUCAUAGAUUCUGAGGCUGAAGAAAGUGAGGAUGAGGAAGAGUUGGAAGUCCAUGAGAAAAAAAAGUUGAAACGGUUGAAAGCUAUGGAAAGUGAUGAAGAUGAGGAAGAAGAAGAUGAUGAGGAACGUCUUCGGGAAGAAUUAAAAGAUUUAAUUGAUGACAAUCCAAUAGAAGAAGAAAGUGAAAGUGAUGGUAGUGGAUCUGAAGAAGGAAGUGGAGAAGAUCGGGGAGGUGAGAAACGUAAGAAGCAUGAUGAAGAUUUUGAUGAUCGUCUUGAAGAUGAAGAUUAUGAUUUAUUGGAAGAAAAUCUGGGACGAAAGGUUGAAAGAAGGAAAAGAUUUAAACGAUUGCGAAGAAUUGAAGAUGAAGAGUCAGAUGGUGAGAGAGUCGAAGAUGAAGGUGAAGUUAGAGAAGCUAUAGCCAAUGAACUCUUCGAAGGAUCUGACCAUGAAGAAGAUCGGAGCUCUUCCAGAGGCCCAGCACCUGAGAGAUAUGAAGAUGAAGAGGAAGAUGGUGAAUAUUCAGAUGCUGAUGAUUUUAUUGUUGACGAUGAAGGUAGACCUAUUGCUGACAAAAGGAAAAAAAGAAAACCUAUAUUCACUGAUGCUGCUUUGCAAGAAGCUCAGGAUAUAUUUGGAGUUGAUUUUGAUUAUGAAGAUUUUGAAAGACUUGGUGAGGAUGAAUAUGAAGAAGAGGAAGAUGAAGAUGAGUAUGUUGAUGAAGAAGGAAUUGAAGAUAGUGAGAGAAGGCGGAAACCUACAAAGAAGGCUGCCAGGAAGAAACCAACUAGAAAAUCUAUCUUUGAAAUUUAUGAACCUAGUGAAUUAAAGAGAGGUCAUUUCACUGAUUUUGACAACAAAGAAUGGGGCAAUACGAUGGAGAGAGGAAAACCAAAGAAGGAGCCUCAAACAGUUGAGAAGAUUAAAAAAGCUCUUGAUUUUAUGAGAAAUCAAAAUUUUGAAGUUCCAUUUAUAGCUUUCUAUAGGAAAGAAUAUGUUCUUCCAGAACUUAACAUCAAUGAUCUCUGGAGGGUCUUCAAAUAUGAUGCCAAGUGGUGCCAGUUAAGAAGCAGAAAAAUGACUUUACUUUCAUUAAUGGAAAAGAUGAGGGACUAUCAGGCUGAACAGCUGAUGAAGGACAUUGAUGCACCUAUUCCAGAUCAUGUUAGGGUCAUUAAGGAUGAUGAUAUUGAAAGGUUGAAAGCUGUCCAGACAACAGAAGAAUUGAAAGAUGUUCAUUCUCAUUUUCUGAUGUAUUAUGCUGACGAGGUUAAAAUCAUGUUGGAAGCUACAAGAAUAAAGGAGCGGGAAGCUGCUAAAGCCAAAGCUAGACAAGAGAAGCAACUAGAUGAAAAUGGUGAUCCUAUCGAAACAGAAGUAGAAGAACAAGAAGAACCUCUUCCUCCUGAAAUACCUUCUGUAAAGCAUUCUAUACGUUCUGGACCUUAUGCAAUAUGCCGAAAAGCUGGAAUAGGUCGAUCGGCUUAUGACAAUGUGACAAAGACGAAGGUAGCCAUAAAGAAGAUAUCACCUUUUGAACACCAGACCUAUUGCCAGCGAACGUUGAGGGAGAUCAAAAUCCUGACAAGGUUUAAACAUGAAAAUAUAAUAGAUAUACGAGAUAUUUUGAGAGCAACUACCAUUGAUCAAAUGAAAGAUGUUUAUAUUGUGCAGUGUCUCAUGGAGACAGACCUUUAUAAACUCCUCAAAACUCAAGCACGAAGUUACCUUCAGUCGCUGCCUUACAAGCCUAAAGUGCCAUGGACGAAACUGUUCCCUAAUGCUGACCCAAAAGCUCUUGAUCUCCUCGACAAGAUGCUCACUUUUAAUCCUCACAAUAGGAUAGUUGUAGAUGACGCCCUGGCUCAUCCAUAUUUAGAGCAGUAUUACGACCCUGCUGAUGAGCCUGUUGCUGAGGAACCAUUCAGAUUCGCUAUGGAACUUGACGAUUUACCAAAGGAAACACUGAAGGAAUUCAUUUUUGAAGAAACAGUACUAUUUAAACAAAGGAAUCCAAAUAUUUAGUUUGGUUAGACUUUACUUUUUAACAUCUUUUAAUUAGACACUAAGUGCUCAUAUGCUACUUUUUUCUUUAAUUAAUUUAAAAUUUCUUCGUUUUAGAAAAGCAGUAAAUAAAUUUUGUUCAGUUUUGAAAUUGUAUCCAAUCAAAUCUUUUUUGUAAAAUGUAUCUUGAUGUUCAUUUCAUUCUACAAUGUGAGUGAUUUUAAAGGCCUAAGUAGUUAACAAGGAAGGAAAUUGCUAUUCUUAAGGUCCAUAAAUCUGAGUUAUUAAUUUUUUUUAAUUAUAGCCAACAUUCCUGUUUAGAUUUAAAUAAAAUCACAAUUGUUAUUUCAAAUAAGAGGUCUUGUCAGUAUUAAUGUUCUGUUUUACAAUUUAGUUAUGAAAAUUAAUUAAAAAUUAAAUAUAUAUAUAUAUUAUACAAAACCCUGAGGCAGAGAUUAGUUAGAAAAGAUAAGAAAUGAAUCUUUUAGAAUGUUAAUAUUUUGUCUUAACAUUUGACUAUUUGUCAACUAAUUAUUUUUUUACAUUUAAUGUAAAUUAAAAAAAAAAGACAAAAAAACUUCAGAUUUAUUUGCAAAAUGUUAGACAUAUUGGAGUUUGUGGUUAAUUCAAUGAAGGAUUUUAAAUACUUUGUAUACCAAAAUUUGAGGCCCCUCGCAUAGAGUUUUUGUUUUUCAUUACAGAUUGGACUAUUUGUGAAGUCUUUGUAUUAAACUCCUACUUGGUUGAGAUCAUUCAAUCAUAUUUAAAUUUUCUUGCUUAUUAUAAAUGUAUUUGCUAUGAUUAUAAAUUUUAUUCAUGAAUAUGUAGUGUUUUUUCUUUUGAAUUGUAUUUCAUCAAUUAAUUGCUCUGCCUCAAGAAUUUAAUUUAGAAAAUUAAAUGUUGCUUGGAAAUUUAUUAGGAUACUUAACAACUAUUAAAUCGAAACUCUUUGAGUUUAUAAGUGCUGUAUUAGACUUGACAUUUUAUUUUAAUGUCUUUUGUUGUGAAUAAUUUUUUUUUUUAUUUUUUAAAUAUUAAUGUUGGUAAUUUCUUAAGUGCUCUAUGCUUUCUAAGACAAUUUGAAUUGUUUAACUAACUUUAUACAGUAAAUAUAUUACAUUUUUAUUUUAUAGCCAUCAUAUCUUUGUUGAUUCUUUGAUUAUCACAGAAGGAGUAGUACUAAUAAUUUCUCUUCACUACUCAUUUAAUUAUUUAUAUUCAAAUUACUCUGAUUAAUACAAGUUUUUCGACCCUUACUUGAAGAUUUAUCUAAUAGGUUUGAUAUUUUCUUUGAUUUAAUGUAAAAUACGUAAAAACAUUAAAUUAUUUUUUUGGCAUCCAGCACUUAAAACAGACGUGUAACAACACAAAUUAUUCACAAUUAUAUGAGCAUCUUAUUAUUUUUCUGUUAUAUAUUUUAUUAUUGUAAUGCAUUAUUUUAUUUAUAGAUUUUAAACUAGAAUCACAUUAUACUUUUAAGAUGAUUUACUGUGAUUUAUUGUUUAGAUUUAUUGUAUAAAUUUGCUGAAGACGAUUUUUGUUAUUGGUAAUUGGUAGCAUCAUAGUUCUAAGUUUAGUUAAAUCAUUUGUUAAUUGUCUUGUUGUUUUUAUUUGGAGCCUUUGAAACUAAAUAAUGUGAAAAUAUCGAAUUUCCAAAAAAACACAUAUGAAAAUGAGAUUUGAUAGUUAAUUAAUAAUUUGCCUCCAAGCACAUUUGAGCUGUAAGUGCUGUUUAGUGUCAAUGAUUCACUUUUUUGUUCUUUCUUUUUUGUUCCUGAUAAAUUAUUUUUUAUUUUAUUCUAUUUGUUGAUUUUAUAUCGUGUUUAUUUAAGGCUAAUGGAGGUUGCACCUAUAGUAUAUAUAUUGAGUUUGAUUGGUAAAAUGAAAUGUUUGAAGAUUAUUUUUGUGAAUUGAUUUAUAGUUGCAAAUAUGUAUUGUUUAUACUGAUUUAUGUAUAUUAUUAUAGUUUGUAAAUAUUUUCUGAAUAUCUUGUUGUAAUUGUUUAUAUAUUCACCAUUUAAACUUAUUCACUAAUCAUGUAUAACUAUUUUAUUUAUACUUUAACUUUUAAAACUAGGAUGCUGAAAGUAAUGAAGUUUAAAAACAAAACAAUUUAUGUGCAUGCAAGACUUGGGUUUUUUGUUAUAUUUUUAUGGGUAGAAAUCAUCAUAGCUUCCUUUAGUUUUGUUUUUUUUCUCUUUGACUGAGCUGAUGAGAUAUUUAUCUGUUAAAGUUUUAUUUUACUUCAUAUUUGCUAAUAUUUUACUCUGUGGGUGGGUUUAAAAUUUAGUAUUUACCCUUUUUACUUGCUGAUAAGAAACAUUCUAACAAUUUUUAAGUAUGAAAAUAAUUUUUGUGUUUUAGAUAAUUAAAGAUAAACAAUAAUGAAAUAAAUGUAUGCAUCUAAAGUAAUGCUAUGAUAUAAAUAUAUAGUUCAGACUUAAAAUCUGGUUUUAUAGUUUUCGUUUGGUCCCUUCUUCUUAUCAUAUAUCUUGAAUUUUACCUAACUACCUGAUUAUUCAUUAAUUUUUAUUUUAUUACAACCCCAGUUUCUAUAAUUUUAUAUCUGCAACUAUUAUUUAUAAAUUGCUUGGGCCUAACUCCAAUUUUUUCUUUAUCAAGAAAUGAUUCAUUAAUUCAAGUAUUUUAUUCAAAAGAUAAAAAUACCUUGUUUCAUCAUUGCCUUAAAUCAGAAACGAAAAGUUUUCUAUUUGAGUCAAUUCGUGUUGAUUGGUUGUGUGUUUUAUUUUUACUGUACCAUUUUUUAAGUCAAUAAAUAUUCCAUUAAGCACUCCAGUUAAUAAACUUUGUAAAAUGAAGUCUCUUUCGAGGCUGUGAUAUUCUUAACUUGAACGAAUUCAAGUUCAAGAAAUAUUUAUCUUAAUUAUUGUUGUAAUUUACACUCUUGUUGUUGAAAUUAGUUGAAUGUGUAAACAAAUACUAUGUUUUUGUGUAUUAAAGUUGUAUACGUUGUAAUGUAUUUGAAUACUAUAACAUAGAUUUUUGUCAAAAGUUUAAAUCAAGUAGUAUUUGUCUCACAAAUCAUGAUAAAUGGAGUAACAAUUAAUUAUUUUUACUUAUAAAUACAUUGCACUUUUGCAUGGUUGUAUUGCUGGUAGAAAAAUAUAGCAAUUUAUACUGAGAUAAUAGACUACUGUGAAUAUGUUAAUAUCAGGUUUUUAAAAACAAAAAUAAUCUGCGUUAGAUGUCACCAUUCAAUGUCUAUGUACUAUACAUACCGAAUUUUUAUGCUGUAAGAAGCUCUGAAACAUGGAGCUAAAAGUGUUGAUGUUAAAAUAUGCAGUUUUUAAUGUCAUGUUAUCAUUUCAAUUCCUAGUUGAAAGAAUAGCAAAUUGAAAAUUUUAAAAAUCCAAAAUGGUAACUAUAAAUCAAUGUGAGUUGUUCAUGCAAGGAAGAAAACAUAAUUUUUUUUUUAACCAAAUGAGUAAUUAAAACUUUUUUAUUUUCAAUAAUCAAAUAAGGAAAAAUGCAGGAUUAAACAAGAUUAAUCCUUAAGGGUAACCCUUUAGCACUUAGAGGCAUACACCAUAGGCAGGUCAUCCUGAACUAGCUCAGCUAUGUUCUUGAUUCAAGUUGCAGAAUUUUCAGUGGCCUAGCAUGUAGGUCACCCACCAAUUGAAUUCCCAAUGUUUUAUUUUUAUCACUGUUUAUAUAAUAUUGAUUAAAUCAAUUGAAUCAUCUGUGUUAGCUCACUUUCCAUUUUGAUUCAACUCAAUAUCAAAAUAUGGCUUAUCAUUAAGGUCAUAUUCCAUUCCACCUUGACUUAAAUUUGUAUUAAACACAUAUAGCUGCCGAUUUUAGUCUAUCAGAAGGGCCACUAAAUGUUACCAUCAAAUUUAGUUUUUAAGGCUCUGAAUGUUAAAGGGUUAAAACCAAUUUUAACAAAAAUAAGAACUUUUACAAAUGAUUUAGAAAAUGUUUGGUUUCUUGAAAAAAAAGCACAUGGUAAACUGAAUACAUGAUAGCAUAAAAAUCUGGUGUCUGAUAUUCACCAAAUUAACAAAAUCAAAGAAAAUUGCUAAUGAUAAAUAUAUUUAAUCAAAUUUGUUUUCAUAUGAUAAGAUAGUUUAACUGGGCAAUAAUCUGGUGAUUUAAAGAGUUUUUAGGGUCCAUCCUAUCAACUAUAUUUCUUAUAAAUUAAUUUUAGUAAAUAGUGUUCAUGAAAAGUUUUUUUUUUAAAAAUAAUGUUUUAUAUUACCAAUUAAUUUUUGUAUUAAUUUAACUCAGUUCAAGAUAUUUCAGUCAUUUUGAAAUUCGAAAAAAUAUUUCCAUAAUAAACUAAUUAAAUUUGAUUAAACUUAAAUAAAGUGCACUUGAUAUGUAUAUUGACAUCAUUAUUUCAGAAAAAUUGCUUUUAUACAAGUUCACUUUUUUUCAUCAAUUGUUAGGUACUUAUUGAUUUUAAAAUGGAAAAAGUUUGUUCAAUUAUGUCUGGACAGUCAAUUAUAUGAAGUUCCCUGGUGUGUGUAAAUAAGAUUUUUGUAUUUCUAGUAUGCAUCCCUGUUAUUAUCAAAAGAACAAACAACUUUUUUUGAAUAAAUAAUACUAAAUUUAGAUGAUUUUAAUUUAAAUUAUGCCUUUUAAUGGGUUAAGAAAUAACCUAUUGAAAUUCACAUUCAGGGAUAAUUGUAGUAAACAAGAUGCCAUAUUUCAUGUUCCAAAUCAAUUAUUUUUGUAUAUUUUUUGUAAAUAUUCAGACAUAAAAAUUUAGUUUACUUUUUCUUAAAUAUAAUUCUAUAGUAAUUUCUGUUUUAUUUGCUUAGCUGUACCUGAUAUACCACUUGUUUACUUCUUGUACUUAUUACAUUCUUUCGUAGAUUUGUAUUCAAUAUUCACAAUUUACACUCCCAGAUUAAAGUCAUUAGAAAUCUUUACUAUAUCUUUACUACAUGUAUAUGUUUAAAGUCAACUUUUAAUAUGUAUUGUGUACAUUAUGUAUAGGUAUUACAUUUUAAAUUAAGGAAGUUAAUAAAUAAUAUAAUCGCUGCUUGCUCAGCAAUAUUGUUAUCACAUUUACACAUAUUUUGAUAAAUAAAAAAUAGUCUUUCGAUUUUAUUAAAUAUGUAUUUGAUAAUGAUAAUUCAUGUUAUAUACUAGUAUUUAUAUUUACCAUUAACAUUUGGCCAUUCAGGAAUAUUUCAGUGAGUUUUCCUAGAAAUCCUUUAUGUUUAUAUACUGAUUAUUAUUUUGUAGUUUUAAACAUUGCCAAUAGCACAUUUCAUGUCUGUGAUUCAGUAUUGUCAAAUUGUCAUUUAUAACAUUUUCCUAAAUAUUCUAUAAAUAUAUAUUAAAGAUAUAUAAAUAAUCCAUAAUUUCUUUUUCCUGUAAAAUAAAAUUGAUGGGAUAUUGAAAAAGAUUUAUAUUACCAAA